AUGGGCAAUCUCGGGAGUCUCUGGGGCACACCAACGGACCCGGCCUUCUACGCACUCUUGCCGCCGAAUGUCUUUGACACGGAGCACUACGUCUACGCCGAGUGCCAGCGCAUUAACCUCACGUGGCACGUCCGACCGAUUCCAUCGGGCCGCACGAUCGCGUCGCUGCAAGCCCAACCCAACGGCAUUUUCGCUGCCGGGGAGUUUGCCUCCCUCGCAUUGCCAAAUGCAUGA